AUGAUAGACGACCGGAAAAAGAUCGGCAUCGGCCUGACCGGCAUCGGCGUCGUGUUCACGAUGCUCGGAGUCCUCCUCCUCUUCGAUAGAGCGCUGAUCGCCAUGGGCAACGUGCUGUUCCUGAGCGGCGUGGCGACGACGAUCGGCCCGGAGGCCACGAUCAAGUUCUUCAUCAAGCCGCGGAACUACAAGGGCACCGCGUUCUUCGGCGCGGGGUUCCUGCUCGUCCUGUGGGGGUGGGCGAUGGUGGGCAUCGCGCUCGAGGGCUACGGGUUCUUCCUGCUCUUCGCAGGGUUCUUCCCGACGGUGUUGCACUUUUUGCGGCGGAUGCCGUACCUCGGCAAGGCGCUCGACGCGCCGUGGUUCAAGAACAUCCUCAACAAGGUCGCGCCGCCACAGCAGCUGCCCGUCUAG